UCUCUCUCUCUCUCUCUCUCUCUCUCUCCCUCCCCUCUCUUUGGCCACCAAAGCCCUGAACCGCACCCAUCCUUUUCUCGAUUUUAUUUUUCCUUCAAUGAAGUUCUCAGGCAUUUCAUCAUUGUCGCAUAUUCUCCGGAAAUCGCUUCUUCUCAUUCGGUUCCUGCUUUUAGGGCAUCCGAUAUCGAAUUAUCCUUAAAUUUUUGAGCGAUUCAAUCUCUUCUUGAUUUCAAUCUCUUAGAAAUCAUUUGUCAUGAAACCUUCUUUCAGUCUAUCGUUCAUAGGUGUAAAGAAAGCUGAGAAUUUGAUGAGAAAAAGAUUGCCCGAAAAGGAAAAUUUUGAUUCUUUUUGGAUUAAUUUCUUAGAUCUUUGAUAAAACCUUAGUUUUGCAUCAAUCUAGUCGAGUAUUCAGUAGUUUGUGGCACAUUCUUCUGAAAUUCUUCUCUGAUUAGUUUAAUUAGGGCAGAAAGGUAUUAAAGGAGGCUCUUUUUUUUUUUAGGCAGAAAGAUGAACUCUUUCCAACUCCAAUCCUUCCAUACCUCUUCCAUUUCACCGGCAACCAACCUUCCUCGCUUGUUUAGUCUAGAGAAAUUGAGGAGGGUACCAACUCGAGUUUAUAUUCCAAGAAUUUCCUCAUGCCUUAUUUCGGAAUCACAGCAGAAGACGGUUGCUCCGAACUCUGGUAAGCCAGUAUCCAAAGAUAGCAAAGAGAUCAUGGAGACUGAAAGGAAUGUAUUGGUGGGAACAUAUGCUCGAGCUCCAGUGGUGUUGAAGAGUGGCAGAGGAUGCAAACUCUAUGAUGUUGAUGGGCGAGAGUAUUUGGACAUGGCGGCUGGGAUUGCGGUGAAUUCGCUCGGGCAUGGUGACCCAGACUGGGUGAAGGCUGUGGUUGAGCAGGCCAACACUCUUACCCAUGUCAGCAAUGUCUUCUACUCAAUCCCUCAGGUGGAACUUGGAAAGCGCCUUGUGGAGUGUUCCUUUGCAGAUCGUGUUUUCUUUACAAAUUCUGGAACAGAAGCAAAUGAAGCAGCUAUAAAAUUUGCUAGGAAGUUUCAAAGGUUUGUGCAUGCUGAUGAGCCACAUUCUGCUACAGAGUUUAUUGCUUUUACUGAUAGUUUUCAUGGAAGGACGAUGGGGGCGCUUGCACUAACUAGUAAAGAUCACUACAGGCUACCUUUUGAACCAGUCAUGCCUGGUGUUACAUUCAUAGAGUAUGGGAAUAUUGAAGAAUUUAAGAAAACAAUAAAACCUGGAAAAACAGCAGCAGUUUUUGUUGAGCCUAUUCAGGGUGAAGGUGGAAUACACAGCGCUACCAAGGACUUUUUGCAGACACUGCACUUAACCUGUGAUGAUGCUGGAGCUAUUUUAGUUUUUGAUGAGGUCCAGUGUGGUUUAGGCCGAACAGGUCAGCUCUGGGCCCAUGAGGCAUUUGAUGUGAUACCUGAUAUAAUGACCCUUGCCAAACCCCUUGCUGGUGGUCUACCCAUUGGCGCCAUCCUGACCACCGAAAGGGUUGCAGCUGCCAUAAGCUUUGGUGACCAUGGAAGCACUUUUGCUGGUGGGCCUCUUGUGUGUCAUGCUGCUCUCGCAGUGCUGGACAAAAUCCGGGAGCCUAGCUUCUUGGCCAGUGUAACCAAGAAGGGCCUCUACUUGAAGGAACUACUGACUCAGAAACUGGGAGUCAGUCCACAUGUGAAAGAAGUGCGCGGACUUGGUCUUUUUGUUGGGAUUGAGCUUGAUGUGCAAGCUUUUCCUCUUGUUGAUGAAUGCAGAAAUGCUGGUCUUUUGGUUUUGACAGCUGGGAAAGGAAAUGUUGUAAGGCUGGUACCUCCAUUGAUCAUAUCAGAGAAGGAGCUGGAGCAAGCAGCUGAAAUUUUAAGGGAAUGUUUACCCGCACUUGACACUGCUACCCCAACUUAGGGAUAGGUCCAGAGAGCUACUGUAGAAGUUCUGUAUUUUUACUAUGGUUUUAUUAGGACCAGGGAAGGCAUGUGCAGUGCAUAUGAUGGAAACUGAACACUAGGUCUGCGGUGACCUUGUUGAUUCUAUGCAUUUUAGGCGAUGAUAGGAUCAUGGUGCUGAAUAUGAUAGCAGUAUCAAGAACCCAAGUGUUUUAAUUCUACAGCUGAUUGUCAACCAACUAUGCUAGAAUUACUAGUGUUGAGUACAUUGGGCCAUAAAAUUUCAUCUUGAUUUA